ACCGGUUUCAAAUUCGAAAUCUACUCGAGAUCGUGUUGUUAUUCAAUCCUUCUGAUUAUUCUGAAUAAAGAUAAUGUUUGGUGCAUCUGGGUCAUUUGGCCAGUCAGCUGCGUUGAACAAUGCAACAUCAUUCAAUAAUCCCUCAAAAGAUAUAGAGAUUCCAUCUCCUCCAGAUGAUAGUAUCAGUUCCCUCAAGUUCAGCCCUGCUACAUUGUCUUCCACAUUUUUGGCUGCUGGCAGCUGGGACAACAAUGUGAGAUGUUGGGAAGUGCAACAAAAUGGAACGUCAGUCCCGAAAGCCAUGCAGGCUCAUGCGGGACCUGUACUUGACGUCUGCUGGAGUGAUGAUGGCAGCAAAAUAUUCACAGCAUCGACUGAUAAAUCUGCUAAAAUGUGGGAUCUGGCUUCAAACCAAUUUGUUCAAGUUGCUCAACAUGAAGCCCCCGUUAAAACAGUGCACUGGAUCAAGGGUUCAUCAUAUUCAGUUUUGAUGACAGGCAGUUGGGAUAAGACUCUCAAGUUUUGGGACACACGAACUCCAAAUCCUAUCUUAAACAUUCAGUUACCUGAAAGAGUGUACUGUGCUGAUGUGCUAUAUCCAAUGGCUGUAGUUGGAACAGCAGGAAGGCAAGUUAUCAUUUAUCAGCUAGAUAAUCACCCCCAAGAGUUCAAAAGUCUCGAAUCUCCGCUUAAAUAUCAGCAUCGGUGUGUAAGCAUAUUUUGCGAACGAAAACCAGCCUCUUCAAACGCGUUUUCAAACACACAACAAACCUCCGGACUCCCUGUUGGAUUUGCUUUGGGAAGUAUCGAAGGUCGAGUGGCCAUUCAAUACGUCAACCCCGUCAAUCCUAAAGAUAACUUCACCUUCAAAUGUCACAGAUCAAAUGGCACUGGCCAGUCAAAUCACCAAGAUAUUUACGCCGUAAAUGGCAUAGCUUUUCAUCCUGUGCAUGGUACACUGGCUACGAUAGGAUCAGAUGGUCGAUUCAGUUUCUGGGAUAAAGAUGCUAGAACUAAAUUGAAAACAUCUGAUCCUCUUGAUCAGCCCAUAACUACAUGCGCUUUCAAUGCACAAGGAACCAUAUUUGCUUAUGCCGGUAGUUAUGACUGGUCCAAGGGACACGAAGGGUAUGACCCUUCAAAGAUGAAGCCACGGAUAUAUCUCAGAUCAUGUUUUGAGGAACUUAAACAAAGCAACAAGAAAUGAUGUGUUAAAUCUUAUAAAUGUUUCAACUAGUUUCGUAAUUCAACCUCCCAGAAGUGGCAUGAACUUCAAAUUAAAUAUUCAGUUUAUUAUUAAUUGGUUUGUCUGUUGUGUCAGAAUUAUUGCUUGAUAAAUAGUUGCUGGUGUAGCUGAUUCUAAGUCAUCAAGUUGUCUACACUUUAUUAUUUUUUUUAUCAUUUGAAGAAUACUAAUUUUUUUCAGUUUUCCAAAUGAAAUUGUGGUAAGCUCAGAAAUAUGACCGAGAACAAUAAUUAAAGUUUACGGUAAAUAAAAAUGUACAUAAAUGUAUAUGUUAAAAAACAUGAUGAAAUGAAAAAUAAAAUAUGCUGCUCAAUGGUUGAUAAUAAAAUUUGGAAGAAGAAUUUUGUGCAAAAUUUGGUUUGAAGGCAACUUGAAAUUUUUAAACAUUGGCGUCACUUUUAUUGAGUAUAGUCUAUUUGUAUGGUUAUAACUAAGAAGGAUCAUAAACUGAAUUUCAAAUGUUUUUGCAUUUCUGUAUUUUAUUGAAUCCAAUCUUUUAUGAUGUUUAGGUUUAAUUUUUCAAAUUUGUGACCUAUCAAAUUCGCAUAAAUCGUUAUGUGGUUUCUUAUCCAAUGUUUACAGUUCUUGAUUAUUUAUUGUUGCUCAGCUGACCGAUAUGGUUGGUAAGCAAUUGAAUUGACAAGAAAAAUUGUGAUACAUGUG